AAUCAAAACGAUUCACCAUCGCUCUUUGGCAUGUCGGUAUCAGAACAGCUUUGAAUCGCGCGAUGUCACCGGAAGAGCUGACGUUCACGCUGGUGCUGCUGGCGCUGUAUGCGGUGCCGUCCACGUUCUUCGUUGUGCGGCGUGUAUUUGUUGACCCUAAGAGCUGUCUCACCAAGUUCUUCGUCCUGAACUUCGUCGUGCUCGUCCUCUCGUUCUUCUUGGUGUGGCAACUGGUCGAAGCGAUCCAAACCAGCGACAUGAUUGCAUUCGACCCCUACGAGAUCCUCAACAUACCAGGGUAUUCCACCAAGAAGUCGAUCCGAAAGGCAUAUCGAGCCCUCAGCCAGCAACUCCAUCCAGACAAGUCUCGCGAUCCCUUGGCCGCGUCCAAGUUUGCACGAGUGGCCAAGGCGUACGAAGCACUCACAGACCCCACAGGCAUUGCGAACUACAAGAAGUAUGGCCACCCCGAUGGAAAGUCGUUCCAUCUCGUGGACUUCAAAGCGAUGAGCGGCACCACGGGCUUGACCGUCAUCGCUGUCGUUUACGGCACGAUGUUGGGUGUAGGCAUCCUCAUGGCGCUCUUUACCGGGGACCGCUACAAGCCGGAAAUCAACCCAGAGUUGGUCGAGCGCAUUAUGGCGGGGUGGCAUGACAAGAUGUCGACGUUCGAGAUCUUGACUCGCAUCGUGACGGGCGUCAAGCAGCCGUUGGAGGAGAAGGCGGCCGGAAACUGCUGUGGCGGCGGCGGGUCCCUCUACGAAAUGGACGACGACAUGAAGGCGUUUUUGGUGGCGCUGGAAGCGAACAAGGUCAUUUCGGCGAUCGAACACCGCGACAUCGCCCGCAUCGACCAAGACCAUAUUCAACGUGACGUGAUUGCGCUGUACUACCACCUGAACCAAGCCAAAGUGCAAGCGGCCAAGGACCUCACCGUCCCCUGCAUCUUGCCCCCCCGAGCAAAAGACAUUGCGCUGCAGCUGCCGUAUCUACUGGAUUUGUUUGUCGACCUCUCGACCAAGAACGUAUCGGACAAGCGAUCCGACGCCGCAACGAUUGUGAACGCUCUGCGCUUGUACCCGUCCCUCGCGCAGGGGUCGCUCGUGGCCGACGCGGCCGCGGUGGCCGUGCAACGCGGCCGCUUCCCCGGCGGUUCCAAGGUGCCACAACUGACGCUGACCGACGCAUCGUUGACAGUGGAUGGCGAAACAGACGUGUUUCCCAAGGACUGGGUCACUCUGCGAGUCACGUGCACGAGGCAGCACGUGCCGACUAUGGCCACUCCAGCGCCGCCGUCGUUGACGGUCUACGAUAAGAUCGACAAGUCGUACUUGUACCGGAAGGAGCAUCUGUGGGUUGUCGCGAAGGACGUGAACUCGCACGCAUUGCUGGGCGCGUGGAAGAUUGAGGACGCCAAGGACGGCCACGAAGUGUCGGAUGCACUCGGGUUUUGGGCCCCUUCCACCACGGGCAACUUCAAAGUCGAAGUUCGCGUGUUCUCGACCACAUACUUGGACAUUGAAGCCACCGAGACACUACCGCUCAAGGUGAUCUCGCCAUCGCAGCAACCACCGCAGUCAACGUCGAUCUUUGACGAUUCCGACGACGAAUCGAGUUGAGGUGUCUGUCGAAUGAUGUUCGUAAAGCGAGGAAGACGACUCCCCCGAUGCAUAUCCAUUCAAUAACAACGGUCCGAGUGUAUACAAGGCCGCCGCCGCGGCAAAGCGUGAAAGGAAUCCAUGGAGUAUUCCCUUGUCCAGCCGACGCCGAGGCGUUUUUGG